AUGCCCGAGCCAGCGAAGUCCGCGCCUAAGAAGGGGUCCAAGAAGGCCGUUACUAAAACCGCUGUAAAGGGCGGUAAGAAGCGCAAGAGGUCCAGGAAGGAGAGCUAUGCUAUCUACGUCUACAAGGUCCUGAAGCAGGUUCAUCCUGACACCGGGAUUUCCUCUAAGGCCAUGGGCAUCAUGAACUCUUUCGUCAAUGAUAUUUUCGAGCGUAUCGCCGGUGAGUCCUCUCGUCUCGCUCACUACAACAAGCGCUCCACCAUCACAUCGAGAGAGAUCCAGACCGCCGUGCGUCUGCUGCUGCCCGGUGAACUCGCCAAACACGCCGUGUCUGAGGGAACAAAGGCCGUCACCAAGUACACCAGCUCCAAAUAAAUCUCUUGAAGCUUUCAACACCCAAAGGCUCUUUUAAGAGCCACCCACUUUCUCGUUUGAAGAGCUUCUGUAUUUGACUUGAAAUAGUUGGCAAAACAGUUAUUCUUAAU